AUGACUGUCACACCGAGCGGUCCACCGCACGUUACACCGCAUAGACAUCAACACCAGCGACACCUGACGAGACCUAUCUUAACCAAGCAACACCGUAGUGAUGCGCGCGCCGCUGGCAUGGCGCUAGUGAGUGCCGGUGUGGAGUGUCGUCGGCGCGGCCGCGUUCAGAGGGAGCGCGCGUUGUAUCGCGUGCUGCGUGCUCACAUCUCGGGGUGGCCGGGCGAGGAGCGCGGCAUGGCGCGGCGGUAG